AUGUUCGCCCGUCAGACUUUCCGCUACGCUCAGCCCCUGAAGCAGAGCUUCCGUAAAUACUCCACCGAGGCGCCCAAGGGCAAGUCCCUGGCCCCCGUCUACCUGACUGUCGGUCUUGCCGGCCUUGGUGUCGGACUGUACCGGUACAACUCCGCGACCGCUGAGGCGCCCGCUGAGCGCGCCAAGGUCUUCACUGGUGGUGACCAGGGAUGGGUGGACCUGAAGCUGUCGGAAAUCGAGGUCCUCAACCACAACACUAAGAGAUUCCGCUUCGAGUUUGAGGAUAAGGAGGCUGUCUCGGGUCUCAAUGUUGCCUUCCGAUUGAACGUCUUCUCACUGUCUGCAGCCGCGCUUCUGACCAAGUUCAAGCCUGAGGGCGGCAAGGCCGUUCUGCGUCCCUACACCCCCGUCAGCGACGAGUCUCAACCCGGCUUCCUCGACCUCGUGGUGAAGGUGUACCCGAACGGCCCCAUGUCGGAGCACCUGCACAGCAUGAACGUGGACCAGCGGCUCGAGUUCAAGGGCCCGCUGCCCAAGUACCCGUGGGAGGCGAACAAGCACCAGCACAUCUGCCUGAUCGCGGGUGGCACGGGCAUCACGCCGAUGUACCAGCUCGCGCGGCACAUCUUCAAGAACCCCGAGGACAAGACCAAGGUGACGCUGGUGUACGGCAACGUCAGCGAGCAGGACAUCCUGCUGAAGAAGGAGCUCGAGGAGCUGGAGAACACCUACCCGCAGCGCUUCAAGGCCUUCUACGUGCUGGACAACCCGCCCAAGGAGUGGACCGGCGGCAAGGGCUACAUCUCCAAGGAGCUGCUGAAGACUGUCCUGCCCGAGCCCAAGGAGGAGAACAUCAAGAUCUUUGUCUGCGGGCCCCCCGGCUUGUACAAGGCUAUCAGCGGCAACAAGGUCAGCCCCAAGGACCAGGGCGAGCUCACUGGUAUCCUGAAGGAGCUGGGUUACAGCCAGGAGCAGGUGUUUAAGUUUUAG